UAAAUAAAUCUACAGGCUUGAAACCCAAAUCAUAGUUCAACAAGAAGUGGUGCACACGCGCGAAUUCUUCCCGACAAGAUUAAGAUUAGUUUAACUGUAUUAAAUAAGUAAUUAAUACAAAUUAAUUUGAUUCUUAAACUUCAUCUCCUACCGACGACUGAAACAAAAAAAGAAAUGUACCAGAAACCCUAGACCUGAAAUCCUUCAAUCCAGCCAUGAAUUUCUUCAAAUCAAUACUAUCCGACGAUCCGGAUCCUCCCAAACCCGGUGAUCUCAACGAAUCCGACCCGAAUUCCCUCCUGAAACAACAGCCUCGCGACGACGAUGAUAGUGAUUCGAGCGAUGCGUCUGAUAGUGAUCCAGCAAAUGGAUGGAGUUUCGGGGGCUUGAUCAAAACAUUCGCGGUUCGUUCGGAAUCGAUGAUCGAAACGUACCGUAGGGAUCUAACGGAGUUCGGGUCGGGUCUCAAGAAAGAAACGGAGAUAUUCAGGGAAACCGCGAGCCGCGCCGUGAAGGAUCUCCCCGCUUCGAUCGAAGCCGGCGCGUCGGCUGCACACGGCGCGCUGGAUGGAGUGCUGAAAUCGACGGCCCAUAUCAUUUCAAAAGAGUCCCUAGGGUUUGCGUCCGACGGGGAACCUGAGACUCCAGACACUAACCGGAGCAUGAAUUCGGGUCGGUAUAGCUGGUUCGAGUCUCAGCUGAGCGCAAUUCAGAGCGAUGUGAAUACAUUCUGCGAAGAGCUGGAGGAUGUCGAAGAUUAUAUGAAGUGGAAAAAAGGGUUUGAGUUGGAGGAGAAUAGGGAUGAAAUCGACGGUGUGAUUGAGAAAAACGGAACUUUGGAGGGUAUUUAUAGAAGGGUUGUUCCUAGUGCUGUCGAUCACGAGACUUUCUGGUGCAGGUAUUUUUAUAGAGUGGACAAGCUCAAGCUGCAGGAGAGUGUUAGGGCGAAGCUUGUGAAGAGGGCGAUUUCGAUUGAUGAUGAAGAGGAGUUGUCGUGGGAUUUUGACGAUGAUGAAGGGGAUAGUAGUGAAGGGGAUCGAGCGGGUGUUCCAAAGGUGAAAGGAGAUAAUGUAGCAAGUGAUCAAGAUUUGAAUCCUGUUUUGAAACAAGAGGGUUUGAAGAGUGGAUCUCCGCAUGAGAAAGACAAUGUCGACGCAAAUGACGGUGACAAGAGUGUUGUGGAUGUGUCUUUAGGCGAGAAAGAAGUGAAGUCAGAAGAUAGUAUGGAGAAUAAUGUCGAGAAGGUGGAAUACGAAGUAAGUGUGGAAGGGAAAAAUGACGAGAAGGUGAAAUCUGAAGAAAGUGGGGAAGAGAAGAAUGACGUGACGGUGAAAUCCGGAGGAAUUGAUACGGAAGGGAAGAAUGAGGAGAAAGUGAGUAUGGAGGAGAAAGGUGAAUCUGGUAAACAAGCUGAUGCUUCUAAAGUUGACCAGUUGAAGGCGGCGGAAGAGGAAUUGGGGUGGGAUGAAAUUGAAGACACUGGUAGUGGUGAUGAGAAAAAAAUCUCUGCUACUUCCAAUGGCAAUAGCCCAAACAGAGCCGAGUUGCGGAAAAGGAUGAGUGCUGCUGAAGAUGAUGAUGAUUUGAAUUGGGAUAUUGAAGAAGAUGAUGAACCAGUGAAAGCUUGAUUGAUGGGGGAUCAAUCUUUAUUCUUAACAACUGUAAUUAUUAUCAAGUGCUGCAAUGCACUUUACUUCAUAAACGGAAGAGGUCAAUGGCCUCUCACCGAGUAAAUAUGGAUAUGUAAAAGUAAAACCGAUGAAUUUCAUUUCAUUCUUUUAUUUUUUUUGUUCAUUCGUCUUUCUUCGUGGCCAAAUUGAGGAAUUUAUUACCUCUUUUCUUUGUGUGGCAAAGCUCCACUUUUCAUAUUUGGCUCGGUGUUUCGACAGAUGUACCGGAUUCAUUUUACGCGUAAUUGAAUGUUGAAACUGUUUCAGUUUUC